AUGCCUCGUAAUGCGCACACUACGGAGUCCGGCUACGGCAAACGAAGGCCUUCGACAAAAUUACGCACUUUACGCACUCACCUUCCAAGGCGCAUUACGGCAGUCCGGCUACGGCGCAUUACGGGAGUCCGCUACGGUAAACGAAGGCCACCGAACUUAGGCACUACUUCGGGCUGGUGGUCCCAUGACCACUGUUCAGGCACGACGCACGUCCGGCUACGGCAAACGAAGGCAUUCGACGAACUUAGGCAUUUAACGAUUCUACGGGGCUUACGCACAUGCCUCGUAAUGCGCAUUACGGAGUCCGGCUGCGGCAAAACGAAGGCCUUCGACAAAAUUACGCACUUUACGCACUCACCUUCCAAGGCGCAUUACGGCAGUCCGGCUACGGUAAACGAAGGCCUUCUACGGGAGUUAACGCACAUGCCUCUUACCUUCGGCGCACUACGGAGUCCGGCUACGGCAAAACGAAGGCCUUCGACAAAAUUACGCACUUUACGCAGUGGUCCUUCCAACCACGUUCAGGCACGACGCACGUCCGGCUACGGCGCAUUACGGGAGUCCGGCUACGGUAAACGAAGGCCACCGAACUUAGGCACUACUUCCGGGCGGACUUGGUCCCAUGACCACUGUUCAGGCACGACGCACGUCCGGCUACGGCAAACGAAGGCAUUCGACGAACUUAGGCAUUUAACGAUUCUACGGGACUUACGCACAUGCCUCGUAAGGCGCAUUACGGGAGUCCGGCUACGGCAAACGAAGGCCUUCGACAAAAUUAAGCACUUUACGCACACACCUUCCAAGGCGCAUUACGGCAGUCCGGCUACGGUAAACGAAGGCCUUCUACGGAGUUACGCACAUGCCUCUAAGGCGCACUACGGGAGUCCGGCUACGGCAAACGAAGGCCUUCGACAAAAUUACGCACUUUUACGCACUCACCUUCCAAGGCGCAUUACGGCAGUCCGGCUACGGCACGACGCACGUCCGGCUACGGCAAACGAAGGCAUUCGACGAACAAGGCAUUUAACGAUUCUACGGGACUUACGCACAUGCCUCGUAAUGCGCAUUACGGGAGUCCGGCUACGGCAAACGAAGGCCUUCGACAAAAUUACGCACUUUUACGCACUCACCUUCCAAGGCGCAUUACGGCAGUCCGGCUACGGUAAACGAAGGCCUUCUACAAAAUUACGGAGUUACGCACAUGCCUCUUACGGCGCACUACGGGGAGUCCGGCUACGGCAAACGAAGGCCUUCGACAAAAAUUACGCGGGACUUUACGCACUCACCUUCCAAGGCGCAUUACGGCAGUCCGGCUACGGCGCAUUACGGGCGUCCGGCUACGGUAAACGAAGGCCGGCCGAACUUAGGGACUUACGGUCCCAUGACCUCUGUUCAGGCAUUACGGGAGUCCGGCUACGGCAAACGAAGGCCUUCGACGAACUUAGGCAUUUAACGAUUCUUCGGGACUUACGCACAUGCCUCGUAAUGCGCAUUACGGGAGUCCGGCUACGGCAAACGAAGGCCUUCGACAAAAUUACGCACUUUACGCACUCACCUUCCAAGGCGCAUUACGGCAGUCCGGCUACGGUAAACGAAGGCCUUCUACGGGAGUUACGCACAUGCCUCUUAAGGCGCACUACGGGAGUCCGGCUACGGCAAACGAAGGCCUUCGACAAAAUUACGCACUUUACGCACUCACCUUCCAAGGCGCAUUACGGCAGUCCGGCUACGGUAAACGAAGGCAUUCGACGAACUUAG